GUCCCUGUUACUUUUUAGUACAUUAGUAAGUCCUUACUAAUUUUACCAGUCCCAUUAUUAAAAUAGGGCAGUUUGAGAUUUUAUAAAUCAAUCCCUUUUCUUCUUUUAUUUUUCCAAGAAAACAGCAGAUACACAAAGGCAGUAAUAAAAAAUAAAAAAAUGGCUCCCAAAGUUUAUAUCAUCAUCUACUCUCUCUACCACCACAUUUACACACUUGCCUUGGAUGUUCAAAAGGGCCUUGUUGCCUCUGGUAUUGACGCUAAGAUCUUCCAAGUCCCCGAGACACUUCCUGAGGAAAUCUUGGUCAAGAUGCAAGCUCCCCCCAAGCCCGAUGUUCCUGUAAUUACUGUGGAUGAUUUAAGCGAAGCCGAUGGUUUCUUGUUCGGUGUCCCUACACGUUUCGGUACCAUGCCUGCACAAAUCAAGUCCUUCCUUGAUGCCACUGGCGGUCUUUGGGCCUCUGGUGCUUUGGCUGGUAAGUUUGCCGGUACUUUCUUCUCCACAGCUUCUCAACACGGUGGACAAGAAACCACCGCGUUUACCUUGUUGACUUACUUUACUCAUCUUGGAUUAAAUUACGUGCCUCUUGGUUUCGCCAACAGCAACUUGUUUGACAACUCUGAAGUGAUUGGUGGCUCUCCCUAUGGUGCUGGUACCGUCGCUAAUGGUGAUGGAUCUCGACAAGCUACUGAAAAGGAAUUGGAAAUUGCUAGAACACAAGGAGAGAACUUUGCAAAGCUUUUGAUCACGUUCCAUCGGGGUUUGGAGGUAGCAGAGGAGGAGGAAAACGUAAAAAAAACAAACGUGGUAGAAUCGGUUGAGGCCGUUGAGGAAGCAGCAGUAUCUGUAGAAGAGACAGAGGCACCCAAGCCUGUGGUAACAGAAACCGUCAAAGCGGAAGAGCCUAAAGCGGAAGAAAAAAAGUCUAGAGCUGUUGCUAAGCCUGAAGCCAAGAAAGAAUCCAAGUGUUUCUGCAUGUAAAACCACAAAAAAAAAAAACCCCCCCUUACACUCUUAUUUCCCAUCUAUUACUAUUACUACUAUACAGUGGUUCCACCCUCAAUUUGAAGAUUGUUUGUCGUAUCUUUAACAAUCCCUAUUGACUCCGACUCGUCUUCCAACGUGGUGAAUGCUCCAAGAGCCACGCCUUUAUUUUCCUUUUAUGUAAUAUUUAUACAAUAAACUAUUUAAUCUAA